CUUUUCUUCUCCAUUAAGUUCAACCGUUUCUUCUCCACUCAACAGCGAAAUUGCGAAGAAAACGAUGAAGGCUACGAGUUGCUUCCUCCUCUUCAAUUUCUUCGUUUUUACCAUCACGCUCCUUCCUUCCGCCGCUGAGGAGGCUUCGGUCGAAUACUGCAAUAAGAAGGCUGAGUAUGCUGUGAAGGUUAAUGGAGUGGAUAUUGAUCCUUACCCAGUUGCCCGGGGCAAGGAGGCCACAUUUAGUAUUUCGGCUAGCACUGGUGAGGGCAUAUCUAAUGGGAAAUUGCUGAUUGAUGUGAAGUACUUCUUCUUCCAUGUCUAUCAGGAGACUCAUGACCUUUGCAAAGAGACAUCCUGUCCUGUUUCAUCUGGUGAUUUUGUGUUGUCCCAUAAGCAGACUUUGCCAGGAUAUACUCCGCCGGGUUCAUACACGCUACAGAUGAAACUCCUUGAUGAAAAUAACAAAGAGCUGACAUGUGUUACCUUUGGCUUCAGUAUUGGCUUCAUCUCACCUGUUGCUGAUGGCUGAAAUCAAUGAGAAUGAAUGUGAAGUCUUGAGCGUAUAAAAUUUGAGGAUGUAUGCAAAAUAAGUACUUUGAGGAUCUGUUUACUGCCCCUUUGUGUGCUUGAACAAGAUGUUUAUUUUUAAUACUUCAACACUUUCUGUAUGGCUGUGUAAAAAACUUCCUGCUUAUGUACUCUUUUAAAAUGCUUCUUCUUAUACAGUUAGUGACUUUUUUCGCUGCAA